CCCAAAUCUUUCAGAGAGGGCAGUCUGUCCACACUGACUUCUACGGUAGCCCACUUCCGUUUAGUCUAACCCUACUUCAUUGCGUUCUAUCUAUCGGACGAAAAGAGUUUGCGUUGCCUUGGGCUCUGAGAAUCCUAACUCUAGGCGAAGCAUGCAGAGUUUCCAUGUUCAAACAAAACCAAUAACAGGCCACAUGUUGUAAAAUAGGACCAUCUUUCGAAAUCCAUUUUCUGUCUCAAUUUUUCAACGUCGAGAAUGAAAAGGCAAAAUUCAUGGCAAGACGGAAUCGCAAGAAUCUUUAGGUCCUAUGAUUCUGACAAAACGGUCUCUGGUCGAGAGAGUGAUACCACAUUUACCUGCCAUCCUCAAAGCAGCCUGGAAGACGAGACUAAGUUUGCACCUGAGAGGAGAGAUGGUGAUGAUCCAUGUGUGGACAACGACCUGGACAUGUCAAAGGCAUUCCAGGGCUGUGAAGGAGAAGAAGGAACAGAUCGUCACAAUCGGGACACCCAGGCAAAUGUGCUGGACAAUGAGGCUGGCUCAUUGUCGGAACUCCCUGACAGGCAGCCUCCUCUUGGCCUUACCAAAUCCCCGGGGCCCAGCUCACCCGUGCCCCCCUCAGAUUCUUUUCUCAAAAGACUUGGGAGUUUGUUCCACUUCUUCUCCAAGGCAGAGGCGAGAGCACCACAGCUUGAGCAAGAUUCAGCUGUGCUGCCAGGGCCUGGAGGAGUAACAUGCGAAGUAGCCAGGACCCAGCACAUCAGUGAGACGACCGGUGAGCUGCCUGGGGGGGACGUCGUGGGCCCCCAGUGUCAGGAGAUGGACAAAGCACCUACCGAGCAGGAUCACUCUGCUUAUAUGGCAGAGGAGACAGCCACCGAGGCACAAUCUGGACCAAUGGGCCAGACACCAGAGAGUUUACCGUGUGUGGCUGAAGAUCACGGGCCAACAUGGAGCCAGGCUGGAGACCAUGUGACUUUGACAGGAAACAAUGACGAGGGUCAGCAGCAGCAGGCCUUCGAUGGUCCAGCCGUCAUCACGCACACGACCUACAGAGGCCAGAAGGAGGUCCGAAAGACGCGGAGGAGGCAACCCGUGCAGAUCUACUCGCCCAUCUCGGAGAGUGAUGAGAGCCAUCCCUGUAGAGGAGUGUCCAGUGAGGGUGUAGGAAGCCCUGUUUCACUCACUGGUGACCUCCAGCAGCACAGCGAAGCCGCUGUGGAACUCCCAGGCGUUGCCUCAGAGCAGUAUGAGGUCUUGGACUCACAGGAGGCACAUUCAGAGCCAUCUUCACAGGCUGCGUUUGUCCAGCUAGCUGAUGCCCAUGGUGCUGCCUGCACACACAAGGCUAAGGAUACUCUUUCUAGGUAUCAAGGUUGCCAAGAGUCCCCAUCACUUUGCGUGUCAGCACCUGGCAUUAGGAACUGUGAGGUGAAUGAUUGUUCCUUGUACACAAACAAGAGCCUGGACGUACAGUUAUCUGAGGUGGAUUGUAAUAAAGGUACAGGUGAAAGUGCAGUGAAGCCACAUCUGCCUCUGGAUGAGGAUAUCUUACAGUGUGAAUCAAAAGCUAUGGUCGAUAUCAUACUGAAGAAUGCACUGACUGCACUGCAGAAAAUAGAGACAUCUGAACAAGAGAAUGCCAUUCCUCAUGAGGCUGAUGUUGAGCGUGAACCCUUUACAUAUGCAGGAGCUAGACAUGGAUACCAGAAAGAAGAUUAUGAUUUUAAAUAUGCUACACAAGAACUAGAGGAUAAGCAUGUCAUGCCCACUCAUGUAGAUGACCAAGUCAUCUCUAGAGCACAGGGGGAAGGUAGCAGGUCAACUUUUUCAUCAGGCUAUGAGUCCAUUGCAGGGUCAGACACAGAUAUUCGGUGUAGCCCUGGUCAGAGCUUUGAAGGAAGUCCUCUAGCUCUUCCGACCAGCGGCCUUCAUGUUGAGUCUCUUUCUAUGGCGAUGCCUGGAAUUGCAGACUCUUACGAAGAGAAGUUAACAGGGGAUAGUGAAUCUGAAAACUGUGAAAAGUAUGACAAUGAAAGAAUUGAUGUAAUAAGAAACAUAACAUUUAAAAUGGAAGAUGGAGAGACUGAAGGUUGUGUAGCAUUUGAACCUAAGCCAGAAGAGUUUGGAACUCUGACAUUUGAGGGGUAUUCUAACUCUUGCCUUAUGAGUGAACCUGAAGUGGAAGAUGUUGAUAAAGAAAUCAGACCAAAGCCCUGUCAAAAUUCAGAACAGUCCGUACAAUUUCAACCUGUUUCACAUUGCACUUUUCAGAGUGGAUCCGUUAAUGCAGACAAUGAUAGCCUUGUAGACUUUAAAUUAAACACUUUAAUUGAGCAUACAGAGGUAGGAAACAUGUAUCCAGAAUCUUUUAGUUUAGCAUGUAAGCCUGGGGAGAAGGUUCAGAGUCAAGAAGUUGUGAGACCAAAGCCCUUGCCAAUUGCACAGCACUCAUUAGCAAGCCAUGAUUUUAAAGACAAGGCAGUGGUGGAGCCCACUAGUUUCAGCAACACUGAGUCGAGGCCAGAGAGGAGUACAGUGACGCCCCACCAGUGUGUCAUGUCUGAAGACCAGUGCCAGAAUUCUGAACUCUAUGUUGGAGCCACAGUGUCAGAUGCUAAAGAGAGUUGUGCAACAUUCACAGCACAGGACGGAUUAAAUGCUCAGGACAAAAAUGUGGAUUUUGCUCAAUUAGCCAGCUCAAUCAGUUUGUUGGUCUCGGGACCUCAGCCUGUCCUCUGUUCAGGCUUUCCCAUCGUCCGUGGCGAGGAACAGGAGGAGGAGGAGGAAAUGGAUGCCAUAUUUGUUAAUGACACUGGACCCAUGGAGAAGCCCACUACCCGGAGAGGAAAAACCUAUCCUUUCUCCCUCUCUCCCAUAUUUGAGGAAGAGGAGAGCCUCCAGGUGCCACCGGAGGAGGAUCUAAAAAGUGCUGACCAGCAGACCUGCUCCAUACUGUCCCUCCUGCAGUCAGUGAGUGAGCGCCUUCAGUCCAGCGGCUUCACUGACGGUGACCCUGAGACAUGGGCGGACUCCAUGGAUGCUUUCCGCUGCUCUCGCUGGGGCAGCCUUUCUGACAGAGAGGAUGGAGAUGAGGAGAACCCUCCCGCUGAUCAGGAUUUUACUCUAAAGGAUGAGGCUGAGAUGCUCGGCCGUGUGGAGGAAACAGUUAGUACAGUACCACAUGAGGCACCUGAAGAAAAGGACUGCGUGGACGGUACCCCGUCCAAACAUAAACGGAUUGCUAGCAGCCCGUACUAUGAGUGUCUGAAGUCCAAGCCACCAUCGAUCCUUCCAGUGGGAAGUAUUACUGAUGGAAAACUGUCAAAACCAUUAGUCAGGGGGGAACAGUUAAGCCUUAGAAGGAUCAUGCCAAGACCCUCUGUGAUGCAUAUCUAUGAUGGUAUGACAUUCUCUGGAGAGAAGCGAAUUAUAUUAGGCGAUGUGGUGGACACUUGGGGAAUGACUUUCAAGACCGGAGUCUCUAUACGAGUGCUGACAGGAUGCUGGCUGCUGUAUGUUGAGCCGGGGUUCAAGGGGUCCUGCGUGGUCCUGGAGGAAGGGGAAAAGGUGCUGACCGGUGGAGAGGGGGAGGUGCAGGAACAAAGUACAAACAAAGUCAAGUCUCCAGACCAAGUCUCCAUCGGAUCUAUUAGAAGAGUAGUUAAGGAUGAUCGUAUUCCAGAAAUCCACUGUCAUGGAGAGGGUGAAUCCCCAGUUGUCUUUCAUUCUCGGACUGAGAAUUUGGAGGCUGUCCAGUUAUUUAAUCUCACUGUCAAGUCUGGAUGCUGGCUGGCAUAUGAACAGAAUGGGUUCAGUGGUAAUUUUGCUGUUUUGGAAACUGGAGGAAAAACAACACAUGGAUCUGGGUCACUGGUCACACAUGCGAGGUCCCUGCGUCCCCUCACGAGGGGAGGACCUAAAGUCUCAAGACCGCUGGAUCCCAAGAUGAUGCUGUAUGAGCUCCCCCAUUUCCAAGGCCAGUGCAGAGAGCUUGGAACAAACGCGUCCAGGGUGGAGGGGCUGCAGAGAGUCUCCUCUCUGCGAGUCAUCAGCGGAAUAUGGGUGGGAUACUCCAGAGAACACUACAGAGGCCAGCAGUGUUUGUUGGAGGAGGGUGAAUAUACUGACUGUCGACAGCUUGGCGGCUCGGAUCGUACUUUCCUCUCUUUCCGCUUUCUACUGGCAGAUUGGAUUGAACCAGCCAUCUCAUUGAGGAAUGCUCACUCUCCUGAGACUGCUCAUAUGGACAUAGUUGACCUAGAUGUUUCGGAUAUGGAGAAGAGUGGCCCUAACCUUGCACCCGCUUCCAUUUGUGUCAAGAGUGGAGUGUGGGUUGGAUACAGUGGGAAGUUCUUCUCUGGAGACCAGUACAUUCUGGAAAAGGGCCAACAUUCUGGUCCUCUGGACUGGGGCGACUGCAGUGGUGAAGUCAUGUCGAUCAGGCCGGUCCGUUUGUCUUGUGGGAACAGAGAACCAAAGCAUUUGAUCCAUGCUUACAGUGAGCCUCACUUCUGUGGUGAACAUCGAGAGUACCAGUCUAAAGCAACUGACUGCAGCUCUCCCUAUCCCAUGUCAUUCAGGGUGAUCCAUGGAAGUUGGGUGCUUUUUGAUGAAGAGGGCUGCUCUGGAAACCAGUUUAUCCUGACGGAGGGGCUUUUUCCCGACCUAACUUCAUGUGGCAAUGGGGUAUCAGCCAUCAAGUCACUCCAGCCAGUUCCAUAUUGUUUUUCAGAUCCAUCCAUUAGUCUGUUCUCCCUGGACUCCUUUGAAGGCUUGGAGAUGGAGGCAGUUAUGACUAUGGAUGACAUGGAAGGCUUUUUCACUCAAUCUCUUCGGGUCCAUAGUGGACUAUGGGUGGUGUAUGAAUAUAGUCAUUUUAAAGGCCGUCAGAUGCUUCUAAAGACUGGUGAAUACUCCAUGUGGGGUGAACACAGUGGCUGGGACACCAUUGGCUCUCUUCACCCUCUUGGACAGCCAAAAGCUUAUGUUCAGUUGCGGAACCGGGCCCUGGGCUCAGUGUUGACUGCAGAACCCACACAGGAUGGUAACGCUCCAGCCAAAGUGUCCCUAAAAGCGCCCAAGUCAUUGGACUGUCAGCAGUGGAUUUUUACCGAUGGACUCCUCAAAUGCAAGGUGGGGAAGGCGUGCAUGUCUGUGAUUGGUGGGAAGGCACAUGUAGGAGCCCGCGUAGCCCUGUGGCCAGAGCAUGGGCGCGCUCACCAGAGGUGGAGCCUCAACGAAAAUGGGACCGUUUCCUCACAUCUGAACCACAGCCUUGUACUGGACAUUAGAGGUGGCAAUGGCAUCGACAGGGACCACUUCAUUGUCAAUCAGUUUUCAGCUGAUCGGUCUACACAGUUCUGGGACAUUGAGUUGGUGUAGAUUUGUUUUGUUGUUAUUGUCUUUUAUUGAAGCACAUUUGCACAUCCAUAAGUUUCGCUUUAAAAGCGGCCUUUUAAUGCGGGUUUACCCUUCCCUCUGUGAAACUAGGGAUGUUAAUGUUUGUUUAUUCCUUGAUGUCAUGGAAGAUCCUCAGACAAAACAGAGGGUUAAAAAAAUCCCUGACAUUAGCCCAGACUAAACCUCAAGUGUGUAUGUUUUUCAGGAAAAGGUCAUCUCACUGGACUUAAAGAUGUACAAUAAUAUUAUAUAAUGUUAAAUUUGUGUAUAAAAAAGUAAAUUCAAUCACAGUUCUUAUCUAUUACUGUAACCAAUAAAGUGCCAAUAGACUUACUUCUGUCUAUGCACCUGUUUGUAAAGUCUGUAUUUGUUGAAGGUUUGUGCCAGACAUAUAAUUUUGCUGAUAAUGUGGAAAUCCACCCAUACCUUGGUGUAGGAAACCUGGUUGUGUCAAACAUUACUGGUUGACAGUGUUCUUCCUGAAUAUUCAUAUUACACACUUUACUAAGCUAAUGUAAGGGUUUUUUAGUUGCCACUAAAGAGGAUAUAUUUCAAGAAUACCCCUCAGGUGUACUUAACACUAAUUGUUCACACAUUUUGUGAGUCUGCUUGUCUAUUGUUUGAGAGGAGUUUCAUUUGUUUAAUUUACACAUUGAUUACACUGGUCAUUAAUCUUAAAAUCCUCAGCCAUAUUGCAUGUUGCCAGUUGUUUGGAUCUAUUGGUGCAGUAUUUAAUAAUGUUAAAGGGAGCUCUGAUCAUGCACUUCAUUAAAUUUGAUCAACCAACGGUUUAGUAAUUUCAUACAUUCUUCCAUCUUGGCACCAUUUAUUCAUAACGGGUGUUCCGGAUUUCCGGUUGCAAAGAUUUGUUCUUCACUUUUCAUGUUAUAUAACCAUAACUGUCAAUAUGUGGCGUUAUAACAUGCAUACAGCUGCAAUAUUUAUUACUUACACUUAAAAUGGAUUCUCUUUAAAGGUUUUCCCUAUAUUUUUUCCAAUUAAAAUGGUCACUGAGAAUUUUUUAAAAGCAUUCAUGUGUAAUGUUUAAGCCUUUCUCAAUGUAAGUCUUUUAGGGGGCAAUGGUUGAAAUUCAGUGCCAUGUUUAGUCCAGACUUGUAUGUUAUGGGCAAAUGCUCUUUUUUUCAGGAGAUGCAGUAGCAGUACAAUAGCAGUGCCCUGGCAGGCCUCAUGACAGAUUAACGCAGAAUCUAGUGGAAACUGGACAUGUUGACCUGUGAGCCUGUAAGACUUGAAACCAACUAGCCAUCUAAGAAGUCAUGCAUUUUAUUGGGUUGAUCCCUCAGGCUGCAUCUGUUCUCUGGGUCACCUGGGUAUGGCUUUCAGACCAAAAACUACACCUUUAAUGCAUUGUGUGACUAAUGGUUGUCACUGUGAUAAUGUAAAAUUGUAGAAAACAAUAGAAUACAGUGACUGAUGUUGGGUGUUUCUGUAGUCGUAAAUCAAUUAACAUUACUGAAAUCCAUCAGUUAUUGGUUGCUGCUACAAUAAAGGAAUUUAACUGCCAGUUAGUGUAUCUUAUAUUUUAUACAUUGUAUCAUUUGGAAUAGAUGACACUGAGAGGAACUGUAACAUGCUGCCUAGUUUCUUUGAAGGCACCUCUGUGGUGGCUAUACUUUUUGUGUGCUAAAAUUCAAAAAUAAAAAACAGUCAAAACCA